UUUGUAUUUUCCUUUUUUUUAGGUUGCAGUUGUUUUGAUGGAUACCCAGGGGGCAUUUGACAGCCAGUCCACUGUGAAAGAUUGUGCUACCAUCUUUGCUCUAAGCACCAUGACUAGUUCUGUUCAGAUUUAUAAUUUGUCUCAGAACAUUCAGGAAGAUGAUCUUCAACAGCUACAGCUCUUCACAGAAUAUGGUCGUCUGGCAAUGGAUGAAAUUUUCCAAAAACCCUUCCAGACACUGAUGUUUUUGGUUCGAGACUGGAGUUUCCCUUAUGAAUACAGCUAUGGACUACAGGGAGGAAUGUCAUUUUUGGAUAAGCGUCUACAGGUAAGUAGAAAUAUAAUAUGGGAAUUACCUAAAAGCAGUGAUAGCUUUCUCAUUUGCCUUAGCUAUUGUAUUUCAAGCAGAUUACAGUUUGUUAAAUACUAUGCAUGUUAACACACACUAAUAUUACUCAUGUUUUGAAGAACCUGGGUAUACAGUGCACAGGGAUUGUGGAGAAGAACUCUGGGCAGAAGCCCCAGCUUUGAUUGUAAUUCCAUUUCACAUUGCACGUCAGGUUCCACAUGUGUCUUUAGAAUGUCACAUUCAGAACUUCAGUCUGUUUUUCUUGUUCAAAAUUCUUACGUGUGUUUUUUAAAAAAAUAUAU